AUAUGUGUUUUGUUUUAAAAAUAAAUUGUGUACUUGGUCGAAAUCAUCUGUCAGGCUGCUUUGUGAAAUGCAAGUUGUUUCUGUACAGCCUCUGUCGUGCAUCCUCUCCGUAACGCCCUGCAGUGCUGCACCUUGAGAAACAGUUCCUCGCACUGAGCAGGGGUGUCAGCCCCCAAUACCACUCUGAGAUGAUGGGAAUCUCAUGGACCUUUCUGGUGGGGAGUGCCUGAAGUUCACAAAUCACCACCAGUCUCCCUUGAUUGUUAGCGAUUUAACUCAAGCUGUGCUGUAAUGGAAGUUAAAAUUUGGAUCAGCUGCAAAAAUGUGUUUUUAUAAUGAAGUAAUCCCAUUUUAAAUGAUGAGCAGGCAUUGCUUGGUAAUGAUUACUUCAGCACUUCUCUGCUUUAUUUGGUAGAACUGUUUCUGUUUACGUGUCCUCCAGGACCUCAGAUCCAGGCAAGCUCAAGGUCUUAAGCUGCUCAACAGAACAUGAGAAUCAAGUGUGGGCUCAAGAUGCCGUCUUUGCCUGUGGAUGAGGCUGCAGGGAGGAGAACUGAGGGAUACUACAGUAAGAAAAACAGUAAGAUGGAUUCAGAAGGUUCUGCGCCAACCAGUUCAAAGGAACAUCUAAGCAAUGAUGUAAUGGCUACCUCUGGUAAGCACUACCUUUGUGGCUAUUGUGCGGCCUUCACAAACAUAGCAGUUACUUUUCCCAUCCAGAAGGUCCUCUUUCGACAGCAGUUGUAUGGUCUGAAAACAAAGGAUGCAGUACAUCAGCUGCAGAAAGAUGGAAUUCGAAAUCUCUAUCGUGGCAUCCUUCCUCCAUUAAUGCAGAAAACGACAACGCUGGCUCUAAUGUUUGGCUUGUAUGAAGAUUUCUCCUCCCUGCUCCAUAGCCACCUGAGUGCCCCCGAACUCCUCACUCGCAGCAUGGCAGCAGUGCUUGCAGGGACCACAGAAGCUGUUCUUACGCCCUUUGAGCGAGUUCAGACUUUGCUUCAGGACUACAAACACCAUGAUAAAUUUACAAACACUUACCGGGCUUUUAAGGUACUGAAAGUCUACGGGAUGAGAGAAUAUUAUCGGGGAUUGGUGCCUAUUCUGCUCCGAAAUGGACCUAGUAAUGCACUCUUCUUUGGCCUACGGGGACCUAUCAAACAGUGUCUGCCUGAAGCAACUUCUUACAGUGCUCAUUUGGUCAAUGACUUCAUCUGUGGAGGGCUGUUGGGUGCCAUGCUGGGAUUCCUGUUUUUCCCAGUGAAUGUUGUAAAAACUCGCAUGCAAGCUCAAAUUGGUGGUGAAUUUCAGUCCUUCUCAAAAGUCUUCGUGAAGAUUUGGCUGGAACGUGAUAGAAAACUGAUCCACCUUUUCAGAGGAGCCCAUCUGAAUUACCAUCGCUCUGUCCUGUCCUGGGGCAUAAUCAAUGCAACAUACGAGUUCCUGCUAAAGCUGUUGUGAGAACCACGAUCUUCGUUCAGCUCUUCUGUUCAUUUGGGUCUUGGCACAUACGAUGUUACUUAAUGGCAGGGAACAGUGCCUGCGUAGUGUUAAAGGUAGUUAGUCUUGGCCUUCAAUAUUUAUGGAGUAAAUGGUGAUGCAUCUAAACCUUGGUGCAAUUAAAAUGCACUUUUUAAAGUAUUUAUUUGCUGGCAGGUGAGUUUACCCACAAUGGAGCUACUAGACAAAUGCAACGUUAAAAAAAAAAAACAAAAACCAAAACCAAAAAAACUGUUAUAUUGGUCCAGCAGCUUCCUCUGUAUCACUCCCAAAAUUUCUUUAUGCUCCGUGAUGGAAUGUGCUCCGCUGUCCACAUUGUAGAACAUGAAAAUUGAGGAGGGGCUGAUGAAAAUUGAUUCCCUUGCCUGAUAAACUUCAAAAUCUUGAUUUAAGAACUGUGUUUUCAAAUGUUACAGGGUCCUGAGUACUCCUUGUUGUUUAAAGCUAAAAGGACAGAUCCAGAUGAGGAUGAUGAAGUUUAGAACUUCAAGCUUAAACUAAGCCUACACAAGCUCUUCUGCCAGCCGUUUCGAUGCUCGGCUUUAAGAUGAACAUUUCAUUCAGCUGUGUAAGAUUGGUUACUAAAUGUUUAACUCCAGUUCCAAGUGGGGUCUCUGUGUGUGUACAUGUACAUGUGUGCCUUCAUGUGAAAAAGGGAAAGGUGGAAGGAAUGAAACAGCAAAUCCUCUAAAGCUUUAAAGUGUCCUUCCUUGUUAAAAAACCUUCUACUUGUAAACAUGGAGUUUGUUCUGCUUUUUUUUUUUUUCUCCAUUGCUGCUCUUUCUGUUGCUUGCAGUUUCGGGGCCAGAAAGAAGAUGACCCUUUCUGUCAUGCUCAUGAAAUAGUUCAGCUUCCUGCAGUUGUGAAAGUUCACAAACACUGCUCUUCUGUACUGAAGUAUCUUGUCUUUGGAAAUUACUUGUGUUUCGUUUGGGGUGUGGAGUAAUGGAUCACAACAAGGUAUUUACCUGAAACUUGGAAUUCUUCCUACUUGAUGUGUACUCUUAACAGUUCUGUAAGACCACAUUGUGCAGCAGCACUGACAAGAUGGGGUUUCUGGGUAUUGCCCACAUCACAAGGUGUGUGGGUGUAGCAGAGGUGACAGCCAAAGACAACCUUAGAAGCAGCUAGGUAGGAAAGAUAAAGCAUUUGGAGGUGUGUGUAAGGACUUCUGUAAGUGAGUAUUAAAAAGACAAAUGCGAAGUAGUGUGUGUUUUUACAGGCAGAGUUGAAUUAUUUAAGACUUAGAGAAAGGGACAGACGAGCAAGCAUGACCAUAAAGCAGGUGAGGGUCUUAACAAACAGCAUUUCAUUCUCCUUGGGGAUUUUAUUUUAUGAAACUGUGUAUAUAAAACAAAAUCUUUUGGAUGGUGGAGCAGGAAAGCUUUCAGAAACUGGUCUGAAUUAGUCUUUUCCUAAGUUUUGAAGCAGGUAUCACUUUUUUUAAUCUGAGUUUUCCACUUGCUAAACAGUCCUCAAAUAUUGAUUCUAAUCAGUGUGUUAUAAUAUACUCCCUGGCUUCACAGUCAGAAACGGCCAGGCACAAGUGAGCAUUCUUGUAUCCAAAUGUUGUGCUUAUCUGCAUUUAAAUAAAAUGUUUACUGAAUGUUUGUUACGGCAGAAUUUGAUUUUUACCAGUGUACUGGGGUUUUUUGUAAUCACUCCUUGAUGGAAUAAAAAAUAAUUGCAUCCUGUUUGUCUGUGGAAGAUAUUGUAUACUUCUCUAACACUGGGAAACCUGAAGCAGUGUAGGGUGACAGUUCUAACAUAAGCCCACCACUAAUUAGUGAUUGGUGUUACUAUAGCAAAAAGGAAAGUGAAGUCCUGCUCCGUUGCUGUCUCUGCUUGCGUGGCAUGGUUAGAUGGAGUGUGCUGCAGGUCUCAUGAGCUAGGCUCAGGUAUUGUCUUUGCUUCAUAACCACUGACCAUUCUACAACACAAUCGGCAGAAUUGUGUGCUUAACAAAUUGCAGAUGGUUUAUGUGUAAGAGGACAGAUACUAUAAUCAGUGAAGGGAGGGGUCCAGUGAGUUUUGGCACACGAGUUACUGUGAGAAGCAAUGUUUAGUCUGCUAAACAGAAUGUGUUGUCAGUCCAGCAAGAGAGCAGAGGAGUUGCGAUGCUUCAACUAACGUGAGAGCAACUCUGUCCAGGUGAGUUCCAAGAUUGUUUCCAGUGUUAACAGGCUGACUAUAAGCAGGCUGCCUCGGCUCCCUGCUUCAUACAGUUGCAUUUAAGAAUACAAGUGAUACUUGGCAAGGAUCAGGACAGCGUAGAUCUUCAAACCAAGCCUAGCCAGCAGUGUUUCUGUGUGGUGUUUUGCAUGCAGGGCAGUGUUACUGCAGGUAGCGUGAAGGAGAAAGUGUAGCAGAGAGAAGUGGCCUUGGCCCCUGUUACCUUCCCUGGCAGCUUAGCACGCUUUCCAUGGGACAGCGCGGGAGUGGGAGCCUCAGUCUUUUGUUGCUUGUCUCAUCACGGUGGUGCUACAGAUAGAUACAAGGGGAACUAAACUAGGAUGUUGCCUGAACAGCUAGAGGGUCAAACCUCAAUUGCUGCCUGUUCUCUAAAAACAGACAGCUGGGACUCAUACUGAGGUUUGACCAUCUGCUAAACCAGGAUUUUAAACAUAAUUGCUGGUGCUUUGGUUGCUCGUCUUGGUGGACUCCAACAAUCAUUUCCAGCUAAAGAAGGGAAGGGGAAUUCCAACAACAGGAAUACUGCAGUGAGAGAGACUAAUAGAGCUAGACUUAGGGUAAUAACUGCUUUGAGCAAAGGAGGGCAGUAUUGCAAAAUACUGUUCUGUUCCUUUGAGACGCAUUGCUAUUCCAAAGA